CUCCCCAAGCACCCUGCAUGCAAACACCUCGCACGGCCGCCGGGGAGGAGCGCCAGGCAGUGCAUUGUGUGUGCGGUGAAGAAUCAUGACCAUUCCGUCUCGUUAUAAUACGUAAGGCGGAGUAGUUAUGCGGCCUUUUUAUUUGAUGUACAGUUUGGUCAAGGGACUGGUUUUUGGGUUUCCUGGUCGUGGAUCCUGUGCUGCUGACGCUGUGUGAGAAAAUGCCGGUUUAGUGCAUUUUGCGAGAACCCAACCAGGGAAGAUCCCGCUGCGGUACCGUAGCGCUGCCAAUGGUUUAUACAUGUGAUCUUUAUACGGAUGUUACUGUUAUUCCUCUGCUGUAUUGGAACCAGGGACCUUUUCAAGAUAUUCACUGGAAUACAUUGUGAAUUGUGUUAUCUCGCACUUCGGUGUCAACGACGUAGUUGAACAUACAUCGGAUCCCACAAUGUCAGCCAAUUUAACCCUGAAGGAGCUGCCGAUGGAGGACUGGAUGGCACACUUGCCCAGUACUCUGUGGGACAUCCCCCUGUGCAAUCUGGCCAUCCCAGGCAGUCACAACGCGAUCACUUACUGUCUGGAUAUGAACGACCGAUCUCCAGUGGACCUUACACAGCCGGACAUGCUCCAGAAGCUGGACAGAUACAUGAAGCCCCUUAUCCGGCCCUUCGUUUACAAGUGGGCCGUCACCCAGGAGCACGGCAUCCAGCAGCAGCUGGACUGUGGCGUGAGAUACUGUGACCUGAGGAUUGCACACCGGCCGACCGACAACUCCAAUGACCUCUACUUCUACCAUGGAGUCUACACCACCGUUACCGUAGAGACGGUGCUGACAGAGAUCCGAGCGUGGCUGGACACACACCCCAGGGAAGUGGUGAUCCUGUCCUUCAGCCACUUCCUGGGUCUCAACCAGGAGCUGCACAUGCUCCUCAUCACGGCCAUAAGAGCAGCCUUCGCCACCAAGCUCUGUCCCAAGACGGAGCCAGUGACUCUGAGGAACCUUUGGGCGAUGGGCUACCAGGUUAUCGUGUCUUACGAGCACAAGCUAGCGAGCGGUCAGAACGACCUGUGGGCACAUAUUCCCUACUGGUGGGCCAACAAAUGCAAAGCCGAGGCCCUCAUCCAGGAGUUUGAGCAACGGAAGCAACAUGGCCGACCGGGAGGUUUCUUCGUGACAGGGAUCAACCUGACAGAGGACCUGAAGUACAUCUGCUCCCACCCGACCGAGUCACUGAAGGACCUGGUCACCUCGACCUACCCGGCCCUGCUGGCCUGGGUCCGGGAGCAGAGCCCGGGCUCCAAGGUGGGCUCCCUCAACAUCAUUGCCGGGGACUUCAUCAGCGAGAGCCAGUUUGUCCCGAGCGUGGUGGCGCUCAAUGAGAAGCUGCUGAACGACAAGAUACUCAAUGGCGCCUCCUGAGGGUCGGACUGCAAUAAAAAACCUGCUCUCAAUACGUGUCGGAAUGCGACGUUGAUGCGCAUCGCGUAUAGAUUUGUAUUGGUCUGCAUAUGGAUAUGUGUCAAUAUGAAUAUCGCUGCGUAUCCGUCUACGUAUUGAUACUUACAAGUCUGUGGAAAAUGUGAAGCAAUGGCAUGAAAACCACGGGUGCUUGUGUUAGUAAGAGAGACAGGAAUGUUCAAGUGGUUUGAAUUAAUGCAUCUCAGACGUUAUUGCACUUCUUGACGACGGAAUAUGAGAAUAGAAUAUUUUAUAUAUUUUAGCUGCUUCUGAAAAACACUGGGUGUCUUGACCCGCACUGACCUUUAUCUGAAUUUGUUUACAUUUCGUUCACUCGAGUACUGUGUCACCGUGAGAAAAAUGUGUAAUAAUUAGCAAUAUUUAUAACUACUGAUAGUCUCUUUUUAUUUCAAGGGAAUCCUCUUGAUGUAGGCAUUUCAAACACGCAAGCACAAAAUUGAUGUAAGCUGGCUUUAGCUAGCCACAGACCACAUCGCCACACUGCAACUGAACUAAAAAAGAAGGUAUGUAAAUGAUUGUUAACACAAGAUUUAAAGCAGUUGCCAAGUUGCACUCAGUUAAUACGUUUAUGCAAAGUAGGCGAACGUGUAGGAGGCCACAGAGCAUGUGGUAUAUAUAUAUUAUUAGCAUGAGCAAACAACCAUGAGGGUUGUUGUAGCUUUUAUAAACUAUACUUUCCACCCGGAUACAACGGCGGCGCCUCCUAGCCUGUGGUGCUUUUCAAUAAAAUAAACAAGUGAAUAAAGACUUUAUAGACAAAA